GGGAGAAUGCCACCGGCGACCGUUACGUCCCACCACCACCGCACCGGAGCCGUUUCGCGCCCUUUUUACGCUUUGCCCCCCGGAGAACUACCAAAUGGCACAUCUAUUGCCGCCACUGGAGUGAGCGAGCGAGCGCCGGAACUAUUUUAGGCUUUAAUCCGGCGAGAUCCACCGCUACAUCGAUCUCCCUCUCGCCGUCCGUUGCCCCGCCGGAAUCCGCGCCGAGGGAGGAGGGGCUAUAAGAGGGAGGCCGGGGGUUGCCUGCGUUGCCUUUUGUUUGGGUUUGGAGUCAGCCGCGCGCGCGUGAGGCGGAGGGAGGGAGGGAGGCCUCGUCGCCGCCGAUGGAGUCGUCGGCCGGCGGCGGCGGCGGAGGCGGCGGCGAGUCUCCGGCGAAGCCCGUGUUGCUCCAUGGGGACCUCGACCUGUGGGUGCUGGAGGCGCGCCUGCUCCCCAACAUGGACAUGUUCUCCGAGCAGGUCAGGCGCUGCUUCGCCGCCUGCAAGCCGCCCACCUCCUGCGCGACCAAGCAGCCGCCGCACCAACGCGGCGGGUCCCAGGGAGGAGGUGGAGGGAGGGGGCAGCAGCACCACCGGAAGAUCAUCACCAGCGACCCCUACGUCACGCUGUCCAUCGCCGGCGCGGUGGUGGCGCGCACCCGGGUCAUACCCAACAACCAGGACCCCGUCUGGGACGAGCAGUUCGCCGUGCCGCUCGCGCACUACGCCACCGCGCUCGAGUUCCACGUCAAGGACAACGACACGUUCGGCGCGCAGCUCAUCGGCACGGUCACCAUCCCCGCCGACAAGGCCGUCUCGUGCCAGGAGGUCGACGACUGGUUCCCCAUCAUCGGCACCAACGGCAAGCCGUACAAGCCCGACACGGCGCUCCGCCUCCGCUUCCGCUUCAACCCCGCCGCGGCCAACCCGCUGUACCGGCACGGCAUCCCCGGCGACCCCGACAAGCAGGGCAUCAAGGACUCCUACUUCCCGCUCCGCCACGGCGGCCGCCUCACGCUCUACCAGGACGCGCACGUCAGGGAAGGGGACCUGCCGGAGAUCGAGCUGGAGAAGGGGAAGCGGUUCGAGCACAACGCGUGCUGGGAGGACAUCUGCCACGCCAUCCUGGAGGCGCACCACAUGAUCUACAUCGUCGGCUGGUCCGUCUACGACAAGGUGCGCCUCGUGCGCGAGCCGUCGCCGUCGAGGCCGCUGCCGGAAGGCGGCGACCUCACGCUCGGGGAGCUGCUCAAGUUCAAGUCGCAGGAGGGCGUCAGGGUGUGCCUGCUCGUGUGGGACGACAAGACGUCGCACGACAAGCUGUUCAUCAAGACGGGUGGAGUGAUGGCGACACAUGAUGAAGAAACUAGAAAGUUUUUCAAGCAUUCCUCAGUCAUCUGUGUUCUUUCACCUCGGUAUGCCAGCAGUAAGCUGAGCAUUUUCAAACAACAGGUUGUUGGGACUUUGUUUACUCACCAUCAAAAAUGUGUGCUGGUUGAUACACAAGCUUGGGGAAACAAGCGGAAGAUUACUGCUUUUAUUGGUGGACUGGAUCUUUGUGAUGGGCGUUAUGAUACACCAGAACAUAGGCUUUUUAAAGAUCUUGACACAGUAUUCGAUAAUGAUUAUCAUAACCCUACAUUUUCGUCAAGUGCAAAGGGGCCUAGACAACCUUGGCAUGACCUUCACUGUAGGAUUGACGGUCCAGCUGCAUAUGAUGUCUUGAAAAAUUUUGAGCAACGCUGGAGAAAGGCAACAAAAUGGCGUGAACGAUUUAGAAGAGUGUCUCACUGGAAAGAUGAUGCGCUGAUAAAGUUGGAGCGUAUCUCAUGGAUACUUAGCCCUUCACCUACUGUUCCAAAUGAUCAUAUUAGUUUGCGUGUUUCAAAAGAAGAAGAUCCUGAAAAUUGGCAUGUUCAGGUAUUCCGGUCAAUAGACUCUGGUUCUCUAAAAGGAUUUCCUAGUGAUUGCAAAGAAGCUUCAAAGCAGAAUCUCAUUUGCCGGAAAGACCUGAUAAUUGAUAAGAGCAUCCACACUGCUUAUGUCCGGGCAAUCAGAUCUGCUCAACAUUUCAUUUAUAUUGAAAAUCAAUAUUUCCUUGGGUCUUCAUAUGCUUGGCCGUCCUAUGUUAAUUCAGGUGCUGACAAUCUGGUACCUAUCGAAUUGGCCCUCAAAAUUGCCAGCAAGAUUAGGGCCGGCGAACGAUUUGCAGUUUAUGUAGUCAUACCAAUGUGGCCUGAAGGAGUCCCUACAACAGCUUCUGUACAAGAAAUUCUUUUCUUUCAGGCACAGACAAUGGAGAUGAUGUAUCGUAUAAUUGCACAAGAGCUCAAGACUAUGAAUAUUGAGGAUGCACACCCUCAAGAUUACUUGAACUUCUACUGUCUGGGAAAUCGAGAAGAACUAUCAUCAAAUGAGAGCCCUGAGUCUAAUGAUAAAAGUGCUGCGGCCUUGGCUAGAAAAUAUCGGCGGUUUAUGAUCUACGUUCAUGCAAAAGGGAUGAUUGUAGAUGACGAGUAUGUCAUUUUGGGUUCAGCAAACAUCAACCAAAGAUCCUUGGCUGGUUCCAGAGAUACUGAAAUUGCCAUGGGCGCAUACCAGCCUCAUCAUGCAUGGUCUACAAAGGGGAGUCAUCCUCGUGGCCAGGUAUAUGGGUAUAGAACUUCUCUGUGGGCAGAGCAUCUGGGGAUGGUUGAUGACCUCUUCAAGGAUCCGUCAAGUUUGGAUUGUGUGAACUUUGUGAAUCAAAUAGCUGAAGAGAACUGGAACAGAUUCACUGCAGAAGAACUGAUAAUGUUACAAGGGCACCUCCUCAAAUAUCCAGUUAAGGUAGAGGCUGACGGUAAGGUUGGCCCACUGCCAGAUCAAGAAACGUUUCCUGAUGUUGGUGGCAAGAUUCUCGGAGCUCCAACCUCACUUCCUGAUACGCUGACGAUGUAGCACGGUCGCAUUGACAUAUUUGUUCAGAAUUGAAGCUUUUUUUUUUGUGUGUGUGUAUCUGUAAACUUUGUGAUUUCUUGAAGCUGGUACCAGCAAAGAAUUUGUACCACAUACAUCUGUAAUCAUCCAUAUAGUGGCACAGGGAAAGCUCCAGUUGCUAAUGGUGUUUGUAGAUUUGUGCCUUUGUGAAAAUUUUCAGGUUGUAAAGGAAUCACACGUCAAUACUAUAUACACUAGAUUUGUUGUCAGUGACUC